AUGUCCAAAUGCCGUAAACAGGAUCUCAAAGAAAAGGAUGAGCCAAAGAGAGGGAUGAAUAGGUCCCACCUAUGCGACUUGUGUGGAAAAACAUUCACCGCGAACUCUCGUUUAAAAAUCCACAAAUAUAUUCACACGAACGAGAAGCCAUUCAAAUGCUCGGAUUGUCCGGAACAAUUUAUCCAAAAAAGCGAUCUCACGAGACACAUGCGCGUCCACACCGGUCAAGUUAUCGGUCAGUGCUCGGUCUGUGACAGGUCAUUCGUAAACUCGGGCAAUCUUCAAAGGCAUUUGAGAAUCCACGCAGGCGAGCGUCCUCAUGACUGUUCGAUGUGUAAAAAAAGAUUUUCCUCUUCUAGCAACUUGAAAGUACACAUGCGUAUUCACACGCAGGAAAGACCGUACAAGUGUUCGGAAUGUCAGAAGAGUUUCACCCAAUUUGGUGAUCUCACAAGGCACGCAAGAAUCCAUACGGGUGAGAAACCCUUCAAAUGUUCAGUGUGUGCAGCGUAUUUUAGAUAUAAACACCAUCUUACGACUCAUAUGCGCGUCCACACGCGUCAAGUUUAUGGUCAGUGCGCCAUCUGUCUAAGGUCAUUUAUCAACCGUACCGGCCUAAAAAGGCACAUGCUCAUUCAUACGAGUAAGCGUUCCUCUUCUCACAAAAAGCUCAAUAAAGUGGACAUUAGCUAAAAAAUUUUCUGCUAAAAGUUGUAUAUUGCAAUAGCCCAAUCAAGUGUUGCGUUUUUUUUUUGCUGUUACAAUGGGAGCUUCUACCUUACCGAUAACCUUACUUCAACAUAUUUUCACUGAUUUAAGCAAAAUAAUGACAAGAGUCAUGGAGCCGGUACAUUGAGGAAUUAUUCAAGC